AUGGGAGACGAUGAUACCAACUCACCAAAAUCCUCGACCGCUGAUGUCGACCCACCAAAAACCUCGAACCCCCCAACUCCCUUACACCCUGUGUAUUCCGUCAACAUUCAACAGAAGAUUCGAACUCUUGACGGGGAAAAGGUCUCGUACUCGUCCUGGGUUAACCUCUUUCAUCUCCACGCUACCGCUUACCGUGUCUUCGAUCACAUCGAUGACACCCCCCAACCCACUGACAAUGACCCAUCCCUAGCUUCCUGGAAGGAGAUCGAUGUCGUGGUCCUUCAAUGGAUUUACGGCACGUUAACAGACGAUCUUCUUCUCAAGGUCCUCCAGCCCGGUUCCACGGCUCGUCAGGCUUGGCUCCGGCUCGAAAACCAUUUUCUCAACAAUAAAGACUCCCGGGCUACCACCCUUGAAGAAGAUUUGACCAACCUUACCCUUCAAUGCUGCUCUUCCCUUGAAGCCUACUUUCAGCGAUUGAAGGAGAUAGCUGACCAACUGGCCGCCGUUGACUGCCCUGUGCCUGAAAAACGGCUUGUGUUGAAACUGGUCCGUGGGCUACCCCCGGAAUUUGAUAUGACCGGGGCCCUCAUUGUUCAGCGACUGCCCUCCUGGUCUGAUGCGUGUGAUAUGCUUCUCCGGGAACAAAGCCGUCAACGUGCUCGUGCUGCUGUCUCUCCUCCCGUCGUGGCUGCCGCCGUCGAUUCAGCCCCUCCUGCUCCUCCCCGGUCUGACCCCCGUGACACUCGGGAGCCCCGUGAUCGCGAAAACCGUAACCGCCGGGCGGAUCUUAUCGCUGUGGCCAAACAAGAGGCAGAGGACAAUACUCGUACCAAACCCCCAACCAGCCGGCUCCUUCUUUUCCUCCACCAGGUCCGUUCGGUUUUUAUGGCUCCCCACAGUGGAUGGUGCCACCUUGUCCCUUUCCUACCCAAGGAUCUUGGAUAA